AUGCCGCUCAUCCACAUGCGCGUGAGUCUCGCCGCUCCUACCUUCUGCACUCUCUUUCCCCCCCUUGUCUCCUCGCCCAACUGCACUCACAAGCGCUCCUCGCUCCAGCACCGCCCCGUCACCAUCUCUGCCGCCGCCCCCCAACUAAAGCCACAAGCGCUCCUCGCUCAUCGCCGUCUCAUCGCCAUCUCUCCUCACCUCGCCGCCUCUGUUGUUGCUCCCCUGCUCACUCCCCUCCUCUUGUCUCCUCCCCACUCUCCUCACCUCUCCUCUCUCCUCCCCCGCCUCCGCCCUUCUCUCGUCCUUUCUCUCCUUUCUCUCCUCUCCCCGCCCAUCUCCCCCCUCUCUCGCCCGUCUCCCCCUCUCGCCCAUCAGAAAAUGUUUGAGGCCAACUACAGUCGCAAGCUCUCUUCACUGAAGCACCGUCUGAAAAUGUUUGAGGCCAACUACAGUCGCAAGCUCUCGUCGCUGAAGCACCGUCUGGUUACCAUCUCGCCAGACCUCGCCGCGUCCGCCGCCGCCGCCUCCGCGCUGCCCUCUCUGCCUGCGCUGCUGCAGGGCUUCCUGUACUGGCGCUGGGCGUUCGAGAGCCCGCACGAGGUGAAGGUGUUGGUGCGCAAGAUGCUGGGGGAGGAAAACACCCCUCAGGGUCACCUGCGCCUCAUUCUCGUGCCCAUUGUGUACAACGCCAUGGCGCUCAAGGAGAAUCUCAGAAAGGUCCACCCUCCAUCCCCCGCCUGCCGCUCAUGCAUGGAGUCUUCCAUCCACUAG